AUGGGCGAGCUCCCGGGCCCCGUGACGGAGACGCUGCGGCUCUCGGGCAAGUCAGACCCGGCACAGUGGCCCGCGGCGCCCGCCUACCGCUACUACACAGCCCUGCUGAGCGGCGACCUCAGCUCCCUCGAGGUGCUCACCGACAGGUACCACCAGGAUGUCAACGCCGUCUUCGAGAUCAGCCACGACGAGCUGGAGUGGCGGGUGAGGAGCCCGGCCUCCUACGGGCUCUCAGGUACCUCACGCUUCCCCGGCUGCGCGGCCCUGCUGCUCGAGCAUGGCGCCGACCCGCAGCUGCGCAGCCACGACGGCCGGGCCCCGCUGCACUUCUGCACGGCGCCCGCCAGCCUGGGCUUCAGCAAAAAGCCCCCCAGCUUCAAACCCGGCCCCUUUGAGCAGGCACCAAGCUUAAGUCUGCUGCUCAACCACGGCGCCCAGAAGAUCUGGCCUGGCGCCUUCGUGAAGCAGCACCCGGCUUUCUACGAGUCCCUUUUCGGGCUGGCGGGCAGGGCGCGCUCCCUGCAGCACCUGUGCCGCUCUGCCAUCCGCAAGGUCUUCGGCAGCAAGUGCCACCGCCUGGUGCCCCUGCUGCCCGUGCCCAAGGCCCUGCACGGCUACCUGCUGCUGGAGCCCGAAGGGACGGUGCUCUGA